CAGGACAUAGGACUAUACUUGGUGGUAAACCUGGCUGGAAGAUCUACAGGGUUGCUAGUUGUAUUCUUGUUGCCUUGAAUAGUAAUGGUAUCUGUCUUCAGUGGUGAAACAAGGAUCAAGCAGCAGCUGUGUAUCAUCGACACUAUCUGGUCUCCUAGUAACGCAGUGACGCAGUCACAAACACAACAACAUUAUCAGUCGUGUCCUUAUCCAGCACAAAGUUCAAACAACUGACAGUGUGAGGACACCAUUGAUGUUCGUUCUGAAAACAAAGAACUAAAUGUGACAACCGUGAGAGCAGCUUACAGUCAAGUGAACAGAAAGGGUAUCACCUCUACCUCCCAGAAAGGCAAUACACACAGAUGUCUCCACAUGUCCAUUCCUGGUACCACAUGCUUACUGUUACAGCUCUUCGCAAUAGCAAGCACCCCGCCUGCAUUCACACCAGACUAUUACGACAGACAUACGCAGUACCCUGGUGAUGAGGUUUCGUCGAGCGAUAACUCGUCUACAGGGACACCUGCUGACAGACGUGCGGCUCUUUCCUCGCCGACCGCCGCCGUCGUCGUGGGGUUGUGGUCGUCCUUGAUGGCUUUGCUCACCAUCAUUGGUAACAGCUUUACACUCGUCGUCUUUGGCCUCAGCAAGUCGCUUAGAAAAUUCGGCGACUUCUUCAUCAUCAAUCUAGCGAUUGCCGACCUGGCUAUUGGCGUGAUGUCAAUCCCUCCGCACAUCCCCCACCUGCUGACUGGCACCUGGCAGGGCGGCCAUGCCUUCUGUUUGGUUUGGCUUAUUUGGGACUUCGUCGCAACUUCUGCAUCAUCUUUGUGCAUCUGUGUUAUCAGCAUCGACAGAUAUCUCUUAGUCGUUCAUCCUCUUCUGUAUCGGCGAAUCCAGAGCACGAGCUUGCAGGUCAUAAUGCUUGCAAUUCCUUGGGGAGUGGUUCUUCUUCUUUACGUUCCGUCUAUCCUCUUGUGGGAGCUGUCGUUCGGCCCCAAGAUUCGGCCAGGAACCUGUCACGUGCCGUUUACCAAUGACUUUCCAUUUCUUCUUUUUACAUUCAUCGUGGAGUUCGCUCUCCCUUAUACCCUCGUGGCCAUCACAAGCGUGAUGAUCAUUCUGAGUAUCCGAACACGUAUGCGCAAGGUGUCUAACCACUUUGCUCCGUUCACCACUACCACAUCCUUGGUGGCGGUGCGAGAUCAGGACCGUUCCGAGCAGCAUGCAUUCCAGGGGGCAAUGGUAACCACGAAGACAACCAUCCAGCUGUUUCAUUGGUCAGAAGCACUCUCGAACAUUUCCAAAGACGCUUCAACGAGAAGCAAUGUCAUCGACCGUAGGUUACAGGUCGACGGUCACACUAAGCCUUCCGUGGACAAAUACUGCGAUGCUGCAGAGACGACGAUCAAGCUGAACUCAGGGAAGCCACAGCGAGUCCCAAGAUUGUCCACAAGGUCCUCGGUCGACUUGACCUCGUUCAGGCACCGCGCACGAAAGGACAUCAAGGUGGCGUGGUCUUUUUUCGUGUUGGUGAUGGUCUUCGCCGUAUGUUGGAUACCCUACGAAAUUGUCGAUCUCAUGUCGUCAGGCUGCCACUACUGUGUAAAUAAGGAUCUCUAUGAGUUCACCAUCUGGCUUCUGUGGUUCAACUCCACCAUCAAUCCCGUGCUGUACCCGAUCCUGCACAGGCGCUUUAGGGAGGCGGCGGCCUGCGUCAUAGCGGGAUAUGUGGGAGUUGUCGGUCUUAGACCAGUAGAAAAUGAGAGAUUCUCACAAAAAGUCAUCUUAGAAAGUAAAAUAUUUCCAGAAUGGGCCAAAUAAUUAUUACUAAAUUAAGAAAACCUUUGUACUAGUAUAGUGGGACGAAAAAUACAUUUUUGUGUUUUAAGAGGUUAGACAUUUAAAGCAGUACUCAGUACGGCACUGACUUGGAGAGAAAAGAUGUUCCUAACAUUGGACUUUAGACAUAUAAAACAUUGGGAAUCGACUUUAAUGCACUAUCCUGCUACUGGGCAUUGUAAGUAUUUUCUGUGCUCCUAUGGUGUAAAGGGAUUUCGACUUGAAAAUAUUACAGUCUGUGUAUUUAAUAAAUCACAUUCUGUUUGUC